AUGAAGAUGAUCAGCAGCCUUGUUUUCCUCGCCCUCCAUGCACUCGCCGCAAGCAGCACCGCGCUGAAGAAGGGCGACUGCCCGCUCGACACCUCUGUCUCUAUGCACAUCCCGGCCAACCAGACCGCGCUCGUGCAGCCCGCCACGGCCCCGCUCUUCGUCGCACUCGGCGUUGGGUUUCAGAACUACACGUGCAACGCGGCGGGCACGUUUGCGUCGAUCGGCGCGGUGGCCUCGCUGCUCGACCUCUCCUGCGUCGCGCACAAGAAAGCGUUCGACACCGUGGCCGCGCGCGCAUUCGAAGCGUGGGUCGCCGCCCCGCCUGGCGUCAGCCAGACAUACAUCGGGGCCGAAGUCGGCGUUCCCGUCCUCCUCGGGUUCCACUACUUCAUCACGUCGCCCCUCGGCACACCCGGCGCGAUCAACGCGAAGUGGGACUUCACAUCCACCGGCCGGUUCAAGGGCGACGAGACGGCCUUCGUCGUCGGCGCCAAGGUCGGCGACAUCCCCGCCCCGCCGCCCGCGGUCGACGCAGUCACGGUCGACUGGCUGAUGCUCAACGGCAUCCCCAACUUCGAUGCGCUUGCGGCCCAGGUGUUCAGAGUGGACACCGUUGGGGGGCAGCCGCCGACAUCGGUGAGUGGCUUCGCUUGA